AAAGCCGCGGUCAAAGAAAGGGGAAUGGCAGCUCAAGUGUUUACCUUUGGAAAAAACUUGAUAGGGCGAGAUCAAACGUUUCUAGUCACGAGGCUGUGCUAUGCAUUCACCAAUAAGAAGCCUGUUCUUCCUGGACAUGUUCUGGUUGCCCCCCAACGACAUGUGGAAAGAUUUGCAGACCUGACUGCAGAAGAAGUGACAGACAUGUUUGGUUGUGUCCACCGGGUAGCCCCUGUGUUGGAGAGUGUGUUCACUUCAACUAGUCUCUCCAUCGUCAUACAAGAUGGUGUGGAUGCUGGCCAAACUGUACCACAUGUACACGUACAUCUGUUGCCACGCCGACACGGAGAUUUCCAGAGAAAUGACGACAUUUACGAUGCUUUGGAGAGGCACGACACUCCAGCUAGUACGGGUCAUGUGACAUACGACGGUGAUCAUGUGACUGGGGAAGGCAGGUCCAGGAGGUUUGAGGAAAUGGUGCAAGAAGCGAAAAUGCUCUCAACCCACUUCCAUUAAGAGAGUCGUUUAAACAACUGGAUGAUGAAAUCUGUCUAGACAUCUAUAAUUAAACAAUUUUUAUAAUUAUUAUGCGCAUGUACUGACAUGUUGUGCAAUCAUAACCUAUCACCUUCAAUUAAAAUCUACCUUCAUUUUUAAAUUAAUGGAAUGCAUACGUUACUGUAAAACACAUUUUGUCAUUGAUAAUAUUGCUGUAAUUAUUG